GGAAGUGGUCAGAUCUGGCUGCCUGCAAGAUUUCCCAGCACAGAUCCAGUACACACACUAUGGAGAGGUCUUCAUAUGACACUACUAUGGAACGCGAAGACCCCACUGCCCAAAGCAAGAAGAAUUCCUGGGACAUUAAUGACAUCAAACUUCCAAAGGAUCCAGAGCUAACAGAUUGGUUCCAGGAGUGGCCUGAUUCUUAUGUUAAACACAUUUACAGUUCUUCUGACAGAAAUGCCCAAAGACAUCUUAGUGGCUGGGCUAUGCGCAACACCAACAACCACAACUCUCGCAUCCUGAAGAAGUCCUGUCUUGGGGUUCUUGUCUGCAGCAAUGACUGUUCCGCACCAAGUGGUAAAAAGAUAUACCAAAGACCCGCCAUUUGUGACAAAGCACGGCAGAAGCAACAGAGCAAACGAUGUCCAAAUUGUGGUGGAAAUUUGAAACUAAUUUCUUGUCGGGGUCAUGGAGGAUUUCCAGUUACUAACUUUUGGAGACAUGAAGGACCAUUCAUAUAUUUUCAGACCAAGGGAGUUCAUGAUCAUCCAAAACCAGAAACAAAAUUAGAAUCAGACACACGAAAAACCGGCCAUAAAAAGCGUACGGCUGUUGUUUCCACAAGCCUGGGACUUAAGAAGAGCAGAAGUGAUGAGUCCUUUGCAGGUGAACUAAAUCAGGAGAACCUAGCCUAUAUAGCUAUGAACCAAGAGAGAAUACUUCCUUCUUAUGAUUUUAAUGACAUAGAGAUGGAGCAAGCACCAGAGCAAAACAUGCUAAAUAAUUGUUUGUCCCUUUCAAAAAGCUAUAAUUCUGAUAGAGGCGCCUAUUUUAUGGAACCUUUCAGUGAUGUGGAAAAGACUAAUGGAUGCAACCAAAGUGACAAUGAGAAGUGCCAUAGUGGUGAUCUGAUAACUCCAGCUACAGGCUUUAAUUUAUUUAAUAAAGACGAACAUCCAUGGAACACAGAACUGUUUGGAAAAAUUCCAUGUACAGAAAAACAUAUCUCCAGCUACACACAGCCACUAGACAACAUGUGCUGGGACAUAUCAUCUAUACAUAACUGCCUUGAUUUGACUAGCCCGCAAAUCCUUAAUGCUCAAUCUACAACAAAGGACCAUCUUAAUCUAACUUCCAAUGUAGAUGAUGUACAUGCAAUCCAAAACAAGAAUCCUUCUUCGCCAUCUGUCUAUCGUCUCUGCCACGAAGAGCCAUACCUGUUUAGAUACAGUUCAAAUCAAGACUUGCCAGCUAUGUGGAAAUGACAAAGAAUGGUCAAAUAAUAAAAAGAACUGUUUUUUAACUAUUUGCAAAUUAUAAUAAGUAUCAUAUUUGUAAUAUUUGUACCAUCUUCAACAUUAUUUGGGCAAUUCCAGAUUAAGUAUUCCCUAUUUAAGUGGAGGUUGUAGGCUUUCUUUAAGCAUAAAUACCAUAGAAAUUGUACAGAAGGUACUUGGGAAAUGGAGUGCUAAUACCUCUAGUGAGGAAUAAAUAUGACAAAUUGUUGCAGCACAUCAAAAAAUAUCUUCAUAACGAACUGACUUGUACAUUCUGAGACUUUGGUUUAAAAAACAUCACAGGGGAUUCGGGGAAAUAAGUACCUUAUUUGUAUCAGUGAUCUAUAUUAAAACUGUGUUGAUUUUUGA